GCCAUGCUUGGGUCCUCCACCAUUAUGGAGAUGAAAUGUAUUUCUCCAAUUACUGUACAGCUUCCCCAAUCGGCAUUGUGUGACUCACGAGAGAGAGAGAGAGAAGGCUAGAGGUCAUGAUCAGAUGAGCUCCUGCAUUUCAGCAUUUUCUUUAAAAAAAGAUAGAUAAACUUGGAUUGUUUUGUCAGGUACACAUACAGGAUACUACCCUCUACAACAUGACAUCCACUCCAAAUCAAAACUCAAAACCUACAACCUGAUGUUGGACGGAAUUAAGGAAUCACCUGGAAGGAAUACAUCAACCAAGGAUUAUUAUUCUACACAGCAAAUUCUCUGGAAAACAACAGAAACCUGAAAACACCAUCCAACCUGGAACUGAAUCUGGCUCAUGAUGGUGAAGAGGCGUACGUUCCCUCUACUGAUAGCUUCUGCUCUGGCAGUCAUGGUCUACGUCAUCUUCACAUUGCCCAGGUCACAGCCAGGCAACCACCAGCACCUCUAUCCGCACCACAUCUCUGACCAGUCCAUCACACCUGUCAACGACACCAAACACUUCAUGGUGGGGGCCUACAAGGAACAUCGUUUGGAGGGAAGCUCCGUACGCAUCAUCAGUAUCUUCAGACGAGACUCUGUCCAGCCUCUGUACUGUGUGUUCUACUGUGGGACUCACUGGGCUAAUGGAAUGAAGGCUGAAGUCCAGAUGCAUUCUGAUCAUUUUGGUAUCUGCCAUUUGCUAUUUGGUUUUAGCCCUGCACUGACACACCUGAAUCAACACCCGAAUCAAAGAAAGGGGCUUGGGGAUUCGCUGAUUGGUUUGUUGACUUUUGACGCCGAGCUCGCUCAGAACCAAACCUUCCUCCGCAUCCAGAACCUUGUGAAAAGGGAGGAAGAGGAGUUUCAGUCCAACUUCACUGUCUGUUGGUCCAAUUUAUUUGGCAAUAAUAACAACGUGCUUCAGGUCACCCAGACUCUGGAGAUGUACAAGUUGUUGGGAGUGCAGCAUGUUGUAGUGUAUAACACCAGCUGUGGACCAGACCUGGAGAGACUGCUACAGAGUUACACACAGGAGGGCUUUGUUGAAGUGGUGCCCUGGCCUAUCAACCAAUACAUGAACCCGUCCAGUGGGUGGCAGCCCAGUGAACAUGGAGGGGACAUCCACUACUAUGGCCAGUUGACCACUCUAAAUGACUGUGUCUACAGAAAUAUGUAUCAGUCACGCUAUGUACUGCUGAACGACAUCGAUGAGAUUAUAGCUCCAUACCAGCAUCAAACCCUGCCCCAGAUGAUGGAUGUACUUCAGAGGCAAAACCCAAAGGCUGAAGUGUUCCUCAUAGAGAACCACUAUCGCAUCUACCACCCCUCCAAGAUGAUAGUACGGCCCAGGACAGUGGAGCAGACCUUCUGUGUCUCUGACCCCAGGGCAGUGGAGCAGACAUCGGUCCACUCUGUGCUGCGCAACUUCGGGCAGACAGUGAAGGUUCCUCCUAACGUGUGUCAUAUCAUCCAUGUCAGAGUUCCUCUACGAGGAGGACUGACCAAGAAGGAGCUGCAUGAAGACAAGAGGGUCUGGGACUACGAGAGACAGCUGGUUCCUAAUGUAGAUAAAGCAUUGGAGAAGGCAGGACUACUGCGCAAUAUCUUUUCCUAGUCAUUAAUUAAUGUCGAUUUUAUUCUUUGAUUGCUAAUAUAUUCAUUUGGAAUUUGAGAAUCAUAGCUGGAGUAACGUUUGUACUAUUAAAAUUGGGCUAUUAUUCUUCUGGGAAUUACCGAUAGUGACGUGUUCUGAUUUUACUUUGUAAAUGGGGUUUAUAUCCGGAGAAUUUUAGUUAUUCGCAAUAACAUUAGUGGUUCAGUGGUAGACUUCUCGCCUGCCACGCGGGAGGACCGAGUUCCGUUCCCAGUCAUGGCGCUGGCUGAAUUCAGAGUAUUUGAUUGUAAAUAAUCUAUUUGUAUGUUUUGCCUGGAAAGUUAUGGUCGCUAGUGUUUGUAUAAGAGAUAAAUUGAACGUUUUCAAUAGAUUGUUUAGGUUAAAUUGAUAGACUAGUUCAAUUUAAAAUAAUAUGAAGCGAAUUCUGGUGCAAGAAGAUGUCUGUUCACUAAAUUAUCUGCUGGAAUAAUGUAUUGAGAAUUGGGUCGUAUUUAAGUUACUGUAUCAAUAGAGAAGACAGUUACCUAAGUUAAAGACACUCUGAAUGAUAGCGGGGAGAGAAUGGCGAUAGGAAGUGAUUACCGAAAUGUUUUUCAUUCUUAUAGAUUGACUGACGCAUGUUAGAAUUUUGGCGCUGCGUGUGUUAUUUUUAAAGAAAUAGGAUACAUUUCAUAAGUGUGGAGAGCAAAGAGAAGAGGAAGUUAUAAAGUUGGGUUUUAAUCUUACGAUAGAGGUAAGGAAAAACGUUGAAAUGAGAGGGGUUAUAUUUUUGCCCACUGGGGGAAAAAGAAAUAGGAAAGUUUAGUUGAAAGUAUGGAAGAGAGUUAGUUGUUAUGUUGGCUACUAAUUGUCAGGGAAAGUGGCUGGAGGCAGGUAGAUUGUUGUAGAAUAACGUAAAUUUGCGUUAUUAGUUUGAAUAUACAAUAACCUUACUCUAAUUGUUUUGACCGUUGUUCAGGUAAAAACAAUUCUGUAUUUCUAGCAGCUGAUUCGCUAGGUGGGCAUCAUAGAUUUGUGGCGUAAAUAUUUACUGUAUUAGGCUAUGAGAAUUGGGAGACUGGAUGUCUGAAUCAUAAAACAUCGUAAGGAUAGAUUCUGAUGGUUAUUGAUUCUUGGUUUGAUUGUUUAAGUAACACCAGUUAAUUUGAGCAGGAAAGUUUAACAGUAUAGUAUGUUUCCAUUAUGUGGAACAAUGUCAGGUCAUUAAAGAUGGUUGCUGGAUUGAAUAGUACGCCAACCUGUUGACAGAAGACUGAAUGGGUAUGAAUGUUGAAAAGCAAGAUUGGGCCAAAGACUAAACUAGUAUGUUAAGUGGGGGAGUAUCAUAGAUUUUAAUUAUGGAUGUGCUAUAGUAGUGAGUUUUUGUGUAGUUUGUUAUUUGCAUGAAUUUAUCACUGUAUCAUCUGCAUACAUUGGAAUUUCAGACCCUGUACAGAAUAAAGGAAGAUCAUUAAUGGAUGUGCUGAACAGUAUUGACCUUUGUGGAUAUCAGUGGGGGGAAAAAUAUGUUUAUUUUAAUUUUUUAGAUGAUGAGACAGCGCCACCUUUUGAAGGAUUUUAGAUUUGUUUAAAAAAAUCAGGAUUGGUUUUUACUACAUUUAUAUCGACAGAUUGAAAUUAUUAGGUUGCUGAUUAAGAGUUUUUUUAGGAGUUGAUUUAACUUAAUUAAACAUUGUAUCAUACAUAUACAUUGAUUUGAUUAAAACGUGUGAUUAAUGAUUUGAGGUACAGUGGAAUUAUCAUUAGGUUUGGUUUAUAGUUUCGCGUUUGAGUUUCUGAAUCGAUGUAGUGUAAAUGAAUACUAAGAGUUUUUGUGUUUUCUCCGGGAAAAUUGAUAUUUCACUGUCUCUCUCUGGAAUGUUUCCAGGGAAUAUACUCUUGGGGAGAGUGAGUGAAAUUGGGGCCAUAAACUACCACAUUGAAGGGGGCACUCACCACAUUGGGAUUGUAAUGAGUUUUUAUUUUCUGACUUUUCAUUACACACGCAAAUUCUUUUGAUAAAGGAAUGUUCUGGGAACAUGGAAUUACGAAAAUGUUUGGAACUAGUUGAUUAUUGUUUGCAAAUUGUUUUAUAUAGUGAAAAACACUGCUUUGAAUGGUUUUGUAUGACCUAUGACCUUCUGAUGACUUUCCGUUGUGGCUUGAUCACCCACAUUGGAAAGCCAUUUGGAUAAUAAAUUAGGGUCAUUUGUAAUACUGCUUUCAAAAUAAUUUGUGUAAUUGGUAAAUAUGUUUCUUAAUCUAUAUUUGUAAUUUGGACCAGUGUGAAGAGGGAGUAGGGCAUUUGCUUUUAACUAAGGGUAUGCUGCUUUAAGUCUAUUUUCCUAUGACCAUAGGGAUUAAAUCAUUUUUCUUUGGAGUUUUUUUUCUUCAGUUUAGUGUUUUUAAUUUGAUUAGGAUUAGCUGAAAUGUUGUUUUAUAUUUGUUUUCAGUUUUGUUUUACAUUACUCUCAUACGGAGAGAUGUGUGUAAAACAUGGGGGAGGAUUCAGGAUUCAGUUUUUUUUAGGGUUUGAAUUGAAGUUAUAUAAUUUAAGUGAUAUGUGAAGGAGUGUAUUGUAUUGUUGUGUUUGUUUUGUUCUAUUCCCGAGAGAUAUAGGUCUAAUGUCUUGAUCCUUGGCUCUACGAUGGAGUUGACAGUGAGAUGGGGAGUAUAAACCAAUUUGAAAGAAUAGUUUCAAUAGAAUGUUUUGGAUAUUCUCUGUGAAAUAUGUUUAGAUAUGUGUGUUAAGAAUAAUUGGUAAAAGUAAUAAUUUAUCAUGUAGUUAAUGAACUGAACUAAACUGUUGUUCUGAUCUGUUCUUUCGAGGUUAUCAUGAAAAGUGACAUCAGACGGUAUCUUAAUGCAUGGAAGAGAUCAUUUGGACCGAAUGGUGUGUGUACCUCAAAACCCCCUCUACCUGGCUGAAGAAGAGAGACAAAGGCAUUGAAGGAGGCUUUCCAAACCACUUCUACCGAGAGAAAAGAACCAAGCCAGAAAUUGGUGUACAGUAUCAGAUCUAAGCUAUCAACUGCUUUUCUUUCAUGGUUCUGUCAUACUGUGAUGAGUCCACUUGGAGUGAUCAUGGAGAAAGAUCUGUUCUAACAUUUUCUUAUGAUGCUGGUAUGUUGGUUGACGAAUGGACAAGACAUGAGUGGUAAAGAUGAGACAUUGAAAUUGGGACAUUAUCAUGGGCCGUCCACUUUGAACUGUAAAGCUAUCUGAAGAAAAACAAAGAUGCCAGAAGAUGCCGUGCCUGUGUAAGGGGGGUUUAAUCAAACUGUGCCAUUAAAAUUGUUUAUACUUUUGUGGUAUCAGAUUGAUUGAAGAGGUCUACACCAUGUAAAUUGUAGUAAUUUAGAUUAAGAAUGCAUUGAGAUACUGAUCUGUAUUAAAAUCAUGAUUAAAAACGUUAAUAGUAGAAUUAUGGGAUAAUUAUACUGUAUGUAAAUCUGCUAAUAUUGAUGUGUGUUAAAUUGAGGUUUUUACUUUAAGUGAUAAUGACCCAUUUGAAUCACUGAGGAAUGUUGGAUAAAUAGUUGGGUUGUUACUUAUGAUUUGGAAUAUGAAUGAUUUCACUGCCCUAUGCUCUAUUCCUAAGUAUAUUUCUGAGCAUGAGUACUUAGAGGGAUGUCUGUCCUAUAUGUUGUGAGGAGGCCGGUGUUUAGACACUGGUUCUCAUGUAAUUUAAGGAGCAUUUAUAUGUUAUGUUUUUAUUUUCCUCAAAUGGAUUAUUCUGUGUUAUUAAACAUGUGCAAGUUUGUCUUGUAGAAUAAAGGUUGUAAACUUAGUUUCAGAAGGGAGAAAGCUUACAUAUAAGCUAAGGUAUUUGACAUUGAGGGGAUUUGAAUUUUAAAAUAUUGAGUAUGUAAUUAAUAUUCUGAUUCUUCAAAAGGGACUGAGUCCCUUGAGAGGGGAAUGUCGUGGAAGAUUCAGAAUUUGUUGGUAACAUAUGUAAGAUGUUUUAUAUUCAUCAAAUGUGUGUAAGUUAAUUCUCAUCAGAAUGGUAUUUUUGUAUAAUACUGUGGCGAGGUUGCAGUUAUCUGUUCUAUGUCAAGACUAAGUUGCAUGGGCCGCUGAAAGGGGAGAGGUCAAAGUGUCAUCAUGUGUAAACAUAUCUUUCACUCCCUACCUUUUUCUAGUGGGGAAAGGAGGGUGGCAGUGUCUGGAAUCAUUCUAUGCUCCCUCUAAUGUUGUUUCUAUCUUAACCUAUAGCCUCAUUCUCCUCUCCGUGAGUUUGUCCAGGAGUUUGUAUUUAGAGUGGGUUGUAUCUAAAUGACAAUUUGAUAUAUGCCUGUUGAUUUGGAGGAUUGGUUUAUGGUUCUGGGGUUUGGGAAAGGAGACAAAGCUGAACGAUGAAUUAUGUCUAUGCUGUCUGACUAUGUGUGAUCUUUGCUAUAAAGGAUCCCAUUUUGCCAUUGUGUGGGGACUCUCAACUUUUCAUUAGAGAUACUGAACUGUUGAAAGUCAAAAUGCUAUAGAGCUUAUAUAAUUAAAGAUGGACUUUUAU